AUGACGAAGAAAAGGAGAAACAACGGUCGUGCCAAAAAGGGCCGCGGCCACGUGCAGCCUAUUCCCUGCACGAACUGCGCCCGCAAGGUCGUGAGGAACCGUUCUCGUGAAGCCCGAAAGGACCGGACACUUCCACCUAGAUUUAGACCUGCAGGUUCCAGUUUUCCCAACUCGGGUUACUUGCUGUGCUGCCUCAAGAACCCAGGAAUCAACGCUCCGGACUUUCCACACACAGCGCUGCAGGCUCCAAGCAUGCUGAUGCAGUAUGAAAACCUGCAGCACCCGGACAGUGAGAAGAGCAGCCAGAAGUUUAGCAGUGGGCUGCAUUCUCUCCAGUUCCUCCUGCAGCGUCUCUGUUCUGGACUCCACCUCCACCUGCUCUCCCUGGGCUUCAGCCUCAUUCUGCUGGUCAUCAUCUGUGUGCUCGGAUCCCAAAGUUCUAGGCUUCAGUGGGACCUGUUGACCUUGAGGACAACUUUCCACAACUUCACCUUGACCAGUGAUGCUGAGAUGCAGGCUCUGAACACCCAUGGUGGUCACUUGCAAGAAAUGAUAACAUCUCUGCGUGCUGAGGUGGAAGGUCAUAAGCAAGAGCUGCAAGCAGGCCAUUCCAAUCUGCUCCUGAAAGUCCAGCAGCUGGAAAAGGGCUUGAGAUCCCUGGUUUGCCAGAUGGCAGCUCUCAAGAACAAUGGCUCUCAGACCACCUGCUGUCCCCCAAACUGGGAAGAAUUUAAAGGUAACUGCUACUGGUUCUCUAAUUCUAAGAAGCCCUGGUCUGAGGCAGAGGAAUACUGCCAGAUGAAUGGUGCCCACCUGGUUGUCAUCACUUCCAGCGAAGAGCAGAAUUUUGUCCAGGAAAAAAUGGGCAACUCAGAACACUGGAUGGGCCUCCAUGACCUUGAUGGAGUUUGGAAAUGGGUGGAUGGGACAGACUACGAAACCGGCUUCAAGCACUGGGCGCCAGACCAGCCAGAUGACUGGUACGGACAUGGUCAGGGUGGAGGUGAGGAUUGUGCCCACUUCACAUACAACGGCAAAUGGAAUGACAACGUCUGCAAGACACCCUACAAAUGGAUCUGUCAGGCCAGAUAG